AUGUGGACGCUCCAAGACAGAGGCUAUUUCGGGAUUGUGUCUUUUCCUAUGAUGGUAGCCAUGGUGUGCUGUGCUCAAAGCGUUAAUGAGCCCAGCAACAUGUCAUAUGUGAAAGAGACAGUGGAUAGAUUGCUCAAAGGCUAUGACAUCCGUCUGAGGCCAGAUUUUGGAGGCCCUCCUGUUGAGGUUGGAAUGAGAAUAGCUGUGGCAAGCAUAGAUAUGGUCUCUGAAGUCAACAUGGACUAUACACUCACAAUGUACUUUCAGCAGUCAUGGAGAGACAAAAGACUUUCUUAUUCAGGAAUUCCGCUAAACCUCACGCUGGAUAACAGGGUCGCUGAUCAGCUGUGGGUGCCUGAUACAUACUUUCUGAAUGAUAAAAGAUCAUUUGUUCAUGGGGUUACCGUGAAGAACAGAAUGAUUCGACUUCAUCCAGAUGGAACUGUUCUUUAUGGAUUAAGGAUUACAACCACAGCUGCUUGUAUGAUGGAUCUACGCCGAUAUCCCUUAGAUGAACAGAACUGUACUCUUGAGAUUGAAAGUUAUGGCUACACAACAGAUGACAUCGAGUUCUACUGGAACGGGGGAGAUAAAGCAAUCACAGGAGUAGAGAAAAUCGAGCUGCCUCAGUUCUCAAUUAUGGAUUACAAAAUGGUCUCUAAAAAAGUAGUCUUUUCCACUGGUUCUUAUCCUCGGCUGUCAUUGAGCUUCCGACUUAAAAGAAACAUUGGAUACUUCAUCUUACAAACCUACAUGCCUUCCACACUCAUUACUAUUCUGUCCUGGGUGUCCUUCUGGAUCAACUAUGAUGCAUCUGCUGCAAGAGUGGCUCUAGGUAUUACCACUGUGCUGACCAUGACUACCAUCAGUACCCAUCUCCGAGAGACCCUACCAAAGAUCCCUUAUGUGAAAGCUAUAGACAUCUACUUAAUGGGAUGCUUUGUAUUUGUGUUCUUGGCAUUGCUGGAAUAUGCUUUUGUGAACUACAUCUUCUUUGGAAAAGGUCCUCAGCUACAGAAGAAAGCCGCAGAAAAAGCAGAGAAAGCAAAUAAUGAAAAGAAUAAACUCCAGGUACUGGACAAUGUUGUUGAUGCACAUGGGAACAUUUUGCUGACAACUCUAGAACUGAGAAAUGAAGUCUCCGGAACAGAAGUCCUAACCAGCACUAUUGACCCGAGAGCUACUAUGUUUUCAUAUGACAGUGCCAGCAUCCAGUAUCGGAAACCCAUCCCCAACAGAGAUAUGUACAGCAGAAGCACAUUGGAUAGGCACAUGGUUCACAAAAAAGGGCGACUGAGGAGGAGUGCCUCUCAGAUUAGAAUUAAAAUUCCUGAUUUGACUGAUGUGAAUGGCAUAGACCGGUGGUCAAGGAUGAUAUUUCCUGUUGCUUUUUCCUUCUUUAAUGUUGUGUAUUGGCUUUAUUAUGUACACUAA